GUUACUCGUUAUGCGAUACUGUCGCACCGCUGGAGUGGCGACUCGGAGGUCACUUACAAAGAGAUGACUGCGCUCAUGAAAAUGGAGAGGCGGAAUAGGGACGAGGUCCGGCAGCGCAGCGGUUACCAAAAGAUCAUCGAGAGCUGUAAACAAGCCAAGAAGGAUGGCUACGAGUGGUUGUGGAUCGAUACCUGCUGCAUCGACAAGCGUAGCAGUUCAGAGCUGUCGGAAGCCAUUAACUCAAUGUACCGGUGGUACCAAAACGCACAGGUGUGCUAUGCGUAUCUUAACGACGUUGAGGAGUUGGUCUUCCCUACUCAACAAGAUGAUAGCAAGUUCCCCAAGUCCCACGGUUGGCCGGAGUGGUUUGUACGGGGCUGGACACUGCAGGAACUCAUCGCAGCGAAGCAAGUUGAAUUUUUCAACAAGCACUGGAAACCCAUUGGCAACAAGCAGCGCCUUGCACUGACGUUGGAGGACAUCACAAAAAUUCCACGCGAAGUUUUGAGGGAUGGCCUGGGUGCGAAGUGUCUCUGUGUCGCACAAAUCAUGUCGUGGGCUGCGGACCGGAAGACGACACGUGUGGAAGAUCGGGCAUAUUCGCUGAUGGGGUUGUUCGGAGUGAACAUGCCCAUGUUGUAUGGAGAGGGCACAAAGGCAUUUCGGCGUCUACAACUAGAAAUCGUCCGGGAAUCCAGCGAUCAUAGCAUAUUCGCAUGG